UUGACUACGCCUUCCGACGUCAGCUCCACCGAAACUUUAAGGAGCUCACCUGCCUGGCAGCCAGGGUGGGAAAAGACGAACACUGAGAGGAGACACCAGUGUCCUCGUCCGGAAGAAAAACUUUCUCACGAGCUGACAGGUCAACAACAUGUGAACUCGCGACCUGUUGAUUUUCAGGAAUUGUUGCCUUUUUGAACCGCUGCUGGGACGUUUAGGGACCCGCGGACACUGCGGUUUCAUUACUUAAAGUUAUAACUGAUAGGGACUUCCGGGUUGGGACUUCGGCUGAGGAACGCCUAUACGGCACUGGGAGUUGAAAACUAGUAUGGAAACCAGUGUGGACAUUGAGCUGCAGACCAUCAAGACGAAUGGGAACGAUGGAGCAGCAUAUUUGUCUAAUGAACGGGUGACAGCGAGUAAUGGAGAUGGUGCAGCGUACAGAUACCCUGAUGCAUCAGAGAGAGAUGGGUUGCUGUCAGGACAGAUCGAUGGUUGUAAUGGCGGGGUGGCCCCAUCUGCCCAUACAGCAGAAGCUCAAAGGGAUCUGGAACAUAGAUUUACUCCUCAAGAGGAAAGCGCCGUGUGCAGGGUAAAGAGAGAGCUAAAUGAGGUUGUCUUCUGGAAAGUCAGACUAUGGAUGAUCAUCAUCAGCAUCUUUGUUCUCAUCUUGGCUGUGAUUUUGAUAUCGAUGGCCGUGUGCUCAGUGAUCCACGAGGACAAGGAUGACAACUUUGACCGUUCAAUGUUUAAAGUUCCUCAACAUUUCCACGGAAGCUUCCAACUGCCCAAUCGGGUCUUCACAGAAGAACUUCUCACCCGUUCCUCCAAUGAAAGCCAAGCACUUGCUGCUGACCUUCAAGAAAAGCUGGUUGACCUCUACACAUCCUCCCCUGCCCUGGGACGAUACUUCUCCAGAGCUGAGAUACGUGAAUUCAGGAACGGUUCAGUCAUCGCUGACUACCAGCUGACAUUCCUCAUGCCUGAAGAGCAGCAGGAUCAGCUGAGAAACAUCACUCUGAGUAGAGAGAUGGUGUACAACGUGUUCAGACAGUUUCUCUACGACCAGGAGCCAGAUGAGUCAGGACAGAUGUACAUUGAUCCAGUUUCCCUGAGCAUGUUUUAAGACACUAAUGACAAUGUUCACAAGCAAACAGGAAAACUGGUAAAUCUUGCUUUCUUUGUUAUUUAAGUGAGACUCUGACUCAGUAAACACUAAGCUUACAGUAAGGUGGUUGACCGUGGCAUAUGAUUUGUCAGACUUCUGUGUAAUUCUCCCACGAGUCUGCAGACAUUUUGCAUAUGAUGCAUCUUUAACCACAGGAAGCUAUGUGGCCACAGUCACACAGACCCGAUACGGCUGUAGGUCAUUAUGAUGACCUCAUGACCUCUCAGACAUUUGCCUGCUUUCAAACCAUGUGGUUUAAAAAUCAGUGUAUGAAACACAAUUUUUCUAUAUUGUAUUUGAGAAUUUUUUGUGCUCGUCUGUGCCUUAUUUAGCUGUAAGUGUAAGAUUGUUGGCACACAUAUCAGUGCUGUAAUUAUUUAUAUUCAUUCUCUGACAAUCACUGUGAUGUUAUACCUGACCGUUUGUACAAAACGUGGCGGAGUAAGUGUUUUUUUUUAAAGGAAAUACAAAUGUAUAUAUUUUCAUAUCGGUGCCAUUAUUUUCUGUCACCGGACAGCAUUUGCAAACCAAAACUGUGGAACGGCCUGAAUGCAUUUGCAUAGACAGCGAUCAGACUGCAGGAAGAUCAGCUGUAGAGAACUGUACAAGAAAAUAAGCCAGCUGGUGCAGUCAUUUUGGAAAUAAUGACUACAUAAAACUACAUAUACUGUAUAUUCUACUGUAUACACAAAGGGUUAACCUGAUGUACUUCUAACAUUCUUUCUGGCUGAAUAGUAGAGGAAGUGCAUGUCAAACAUGCAAAUGAUGAAGUACUGUUUACUUUGUUUUUCUGUCUCUGUUUGGAGUCAACAUUUGAGAAUUUACACUGACAUUUUCCUCUUAAGGUGUGCUAGUAGCAGGUUGUUGCAUUUAAUAGCGCAGGCUGCGUAUCACAUGUUAAUCAGCUAGAGCCGUGUCAGUGUGUGAGACUGCAGCCUGUUUCCUGGCAGUGAUCAUGUCAACAUGUCUGUCCUCUAAUAAGAUUACAGCUGUGAUUAAUGUUUGUGCCAAAUGAUCUGGUCACAAACAGUCAUUCUUCACAGCCACCAGAUGGUUAUUAAUUAGUCCUCCCUUCAGCUGGUUACACUCAGUACAAGACUUCAUGGAAAGAACUGAAGCUUGAGCCAACUAAGACACUAAUUGCCAUGUUUUUUAUCACUUAACAUUUUGUGGUAAGAACUCAUCUGUUCCAAAGGUGAAAGUAAGGGUUUGAUUCAAAUAAUGUGAGAAAAUAUGUAUAAGGCCUGUAAUUUCUCAAAUAAAGAAUAUUUUUACAGAUA